CCCUGGCUGUCAAACGAUAAGCAGCUGAUUUUGCUAGGUCCCUUUGAAAUAAUUAUUUUUUAAGCAUAUUUUAAGUAUUAAUUAGUAUUUAAAGCGUGAAAUUAGUAUAUUUAACAUUAAGUUUUGUAUAAAUAUAAGUAGUGAAGUGCUUUAGUGACGUUUACAAGUGUCUUUGAUGUCUCAGUGUUAAUCAUUGUACAAGGCUAGAACAAGUGUAGGCAUAGUGAAACGUCACUAUUUCAUGUAAGUAACCGCUGAGCUUGAGUAGGCAAUUCCUUGCUUUGUUUUGUUUUUAAUUCUUUUAAAAACCCAUUUACAAUGCAAACACGCAGAGCAGCUGCCGCCGCUGCAGCAGCGGCUCUCCAGCAGGAGCCUGAGAAGUGUGAUAAGCUCCAACUUACCUUGCUGGAAUUAAAACAAUCCAAGGAGUUUAGUGCUCAAUUGCUCAGUGAAAGAGAAGACAGUGAGAAGGAGCUAUUAUUGAUAAUUGAUAAAAACGAUAAGUUAAAAAAGGAACUGUGUACACUAGAGAGUGAUUUUAAUAAUGUAAACUCGGAGCGGGCCCGGCUUCAGGAGACGGUUGACAGGUUUAUGGAGUGUAAUGCUGCAUAUGAACAGGCCCUGAAAGACAUCGACUCAUUGGAGAGAGCACUGCACGACGCCCACGAACACAUCUACGAGCUACGGGAGGCCCAAAACCAAGCAGCUGCGGCACACACUCAGACCUUGUUCGAGGAACUGGUCCGGCCUGCAUCUCAGUUGGUUACCGCAGCAAUUGAAAACCCUUCAGUAACUACAGACUUAACCAAUGAUGCCACUACACCAAGGUUAGUAAAUUGCAGCGGAAACAAACUAAAGAAGUAUAUAAAAUUAAAUAAACUGAUCAAAAAAAAUCAAAAGAUGUCAAAAAUUAAUAAAUUGUUUUUUAAAAAAUUGAGAUUUUGUAAAGUUAAUAUAAGUUUAGUAGAUAAGUUAGAUUUGUAUACAGCUCAGUUAGAACACAGUAGAUUACAGUAUGAAACUGACACACAGGCAUUAAAGUUAAAAAUUCAAAGCCUAGAGGAUUCAAUAAAAUCUUUAGAUGUGAUAAAUGAGAGUUCAAAAAAAGUUAUUAGUGAAUAUUCUUUAGCCAUGGAUGAUUUAAUAUCCCAGAUUAAGCAUAAUUCAGAGCGGUUUGAGUCGUUGACAAAUGCCCAGGCAUGUGCAUGUAAGCAAGUGACUGGAGAUUUGUCGACCAGUGCGCUUGACCCAAGCCUGUGUGACAGUUUACCGCAGGGGCAAAUGAAUGAUAAUGGCCCCUUCCACACUUCACAACAAAGCACACCUAAACCUAAUGUUGUUAUGUACUGUGAUGAGAUUGGGAGCAAUAUGAGCUCAUUUUUAAAUUUUUACUUAAAGGGACUUAGUACAAUCAAUAACUGUCUGCCUCAUAGCAGCUUUGAAAAUAUCAUUAAACAAAUUUUAAACGACAUUAAUAUCAAUAGUAAGACAACACUGCUUAUCUUUAUGGGGAAUAGGGGUAAUGUAAACAAAAAUAAUUUAGUAAAAUAUUAUGAACAAUUAAACUCAUUGGCAGUGCAUGAAAUUAUUUUCUUUACAUUCCCCUAUUGUAACCAGAUGUCAGAGGCAGAAAAAAAGAAAAUAACACUAGACAUAAGUUGAAUGUAGCUUUAUAUAAUCUUUGUACAUAUAGUA